GCGAGAAAGUUGGAAGGUGACUACUAACUCAGCACCUUUACCACGUUUCGUGCCAUGAUGGCGCCACUACGAAAGAAGCGGCAAUGUAGACAGGACUUACUCCGCACCAUACCAUAUGUGCACACGGAGACAGCAACGACACGCUCUCCUACGUCUCAGACUAGCUCGACAAGUAGCUACAGUCGCGAAGGGUAGUACGCCAGGAAAGAGCAAAUGAAUCCGUCUAAUUUUGGCAUUCUGGAUGAGGAAGCAGGACGCGGUCGGGAGCAAGGAGCCGGAGGGGAGCACAGUCGACAACGAGGACACUGUCAUCAUCAUGACUAGGACUGGGCUCGAUAAGGGUGCCGUGAAGAAGGAGGAGGAGCACAACACGAGGAUAUUGCAGAGGGGAUCAAAUGAGGAAAGGAGGAGGCGGCCAAGGCCGGCGGGCCUACAAUCGGAAAAGAAUGCAGCUCUUCCACUCCAUGGGGUUGAGCAUAAUGCAAGCCCAGGACAUGACUGUCUUCAGCCGCAGGGAGCCGCACAGAAAUCCGGGAAUGACUCCGAGUAGGAACGUGGGCGCCGAGCAGAACGAGCCCGCGCGGGCCAGGAAGCAGUUGAG